CCUGGUGUCGGGGUGAGUCCUGCUCUUGCGGCAGGGUGCACGGGAAGACCGACAGGGUGGCCAGGCCGGCCGGGAGCCUGUCCCGCUCCUGGGCUCCUCCGCUCCCGCAGUCCCUGUCCCCUUCGGUGUCAGGAGGGCUGUGUGACGGGAGGUGACGCUGCUGCUGACAGCUCGGGUCCCUGGAGGAAGCAGUGGGGUGCCCGGAGGGUGGAGCCUUGGAAGAGACCGGGCGUCAGGGUGAGGACGGCCAGGGAGGGUCAGGGCACCGCCUGGACCCCCGAGCCGAGCAGAGGGCUGGGCUCCUGAGGGGCUGGCGACGCCCAGCCUGAGCGGCUGGAGGGCCCAGCCUGAAGCCUCGCAGGAGGUGUCGCCACCCCCAGCCCUUCCUUCGCGCCUCUGCUGGUGUCCCUGGGCUGAGGCGACCCUGCUGCCAAGUCCAGCAGAAAGGAUCAAGGAGGAAGCGACUCCGACAGAGCUGGCCAGCUCCUCCAUCCAGGCUAGGAGGGGCACGGCCACAGACAGAGCCCGUGACACUGGGGUGUGUUCGCCUUUGGCCGUCUUUCUUUCUUUCUUUCUUUCUUUCUUUCUUUCUUUCUUUCUUUCUUUCUUUCUUUCUUUCUUUUUCAUUUUUGUGGUACUGGGGAUGGAACCACUUUUUAUUUUGUAUUUUGAGAUAGGGUUUCUCUAAGUCACUAAGCUGCCCAGGCUGGGCUCAAACUUGCGAUCUUCCUGUCUCAGCCUCCAGAGUGCUGGGAUCACAGGGACAGCUGGCUUAUUUCUGUCAGACCCCAACCGAGGUCCAGACCUCGGGCCUACAUCCUGGCCCUGCUCCUUCCGCGCUGCACAAGCUGUGGGCUGGGACUCCGUCUGGCUGAGGCUCAGGCUCUGCCCAGAGUGCUGCUGGCCCUGAAGAGCACUGGUGCCAGUGAGCGGCCGGGGACUGCGGGCCUCGCGGGAGUGGCAGGCCAUGUGCGCUCAGAGCUCUGUGUCCCGGGGACCAGGCCUCGUCAGCGCUGUCCGCCUGUCCACAGUGCUCCUCUCUGGCCUCUCUGAGGCGCCGUCCUCUCCAGUCAGGACAGUGUGGGCUGGGAGGGCCAAAGGCGGCUCUUCCGCCUCUCGGUCCCCACAGGACCACGAAGGUUUGGGGGUCGGCGGCAGGCGCAGUGCGGUCCGCUCCGAUGGGCACAGAGCCGCUGUGCAUGGCUGUGCUGCUUGCUCUCUCCUCAGGGCUGCUCUUCCUCCGGGGCUCGGGACACUCCGGGCAGGGCUCACUUCCUGGUAAGCACUCGGCUCGCUUUUCAGAACGGAAUGGUGGCUCAUGAUGCUUGACUGAUACGUUUUCCUUUGAGUUUUCUGAGUUUAAAAUUUUUUAACUUCACCGGGUGUGGCGGCACCUGGCUGUAAUCCCAGCACUUGGAGGCUGAAGCAGGGGCUCGCUCUGAGUUCGAGGCCAGCUGGAACCACCUAGGGAGACCCUGUUUUAAGCUGUGACUUGGAAUUGUGCAUGUUUAUAGGGCGCCCUGUGAUGUUUCUCCAUGUGUAGAAUUUGCUGACUUUGAUAACUCAGUUCUCCCUGAGUGCAGAAGUUUUUGUGAUACUGGGCUUGAAGCCAGGGCCUUUGCACUGAGCCACAUCUCCAGCCCUUUUAUAUUAUUUUUAUCGGACAGGGUCUUGCUAAAUUGCUAAGUUGCCCAGGCUGGCCUCAAACUCGCCAUCCUCCUGCCUUGGCCCCUGACUGCUGGAUCCAAGUCCGCUGCCCCUCGCCCGGCUGAGCGGAGACUGGGAAAGUCGCUCCUUACCCGGAUGCCUGGGACCCCAGCGUGGCACUGAGCCCCGGCCCUGCCUGUUGCUGCCGAGGAACAUGGCCAGCACCCGCUGCAGGCUGGCCGGCUACCUGGAGGACCUCGACUGCUCGGACUUUAAGAAGUUCAAGAUGUACCUGGAGGACUACCCCCCGCAGAGUGGCUGCACCCCACUCCCCAGGGGCCAGACAGAGCGGGCGGACCACAUGGACCUGGCCACUGCCAUGAUCGACUUCAAUGGGGAGGAGCAAGCGUGGACCAUGGCCGUGUGGAUCUUUGCAGCCAUCAAUAGGAGAGACCUGCAUGAGAAGGCGAAGCGGGAGCAGCCGCAGUGGGAUAACCCCACAGUGGAGUGCCGGGAGGACAGCAUUGAAGAAGAGUGGAUGGGCCUCCUGGGCUUCCUUUCCAGAAUCUCCAUCUGCAAAAAGAAGAAAGAUUUUAGCAGGACGUACAGACGGCACGUGAGGAGCAAGUUCCACUGCAUCGAGGACCGGAACGCACGUCUAGGGGAGAGUGUGAACCUCAACAAGCGCUACACACGCUUGCAGCUGGUCCGGGAGCACCCCAGCCGGCAGGAGCGAGAGCGAGAGCUGCUGGCCAUGGGGGGGAGCCGGCUGCGGGACGCCCCCCCGGGCCCCCUGAGGCUGGAGUCCCUGUUUGACGCCGACCCUGAGGAUGAGUCCCUGGAGCCGGUGCACACUGUGGUGGUGCAAGGUGCAGCCGGGAUCGGGAAAACCAUCCUGGCACGGAAGAUCAUGCUGGAGUGGGCGUCGGGGAAGCUCUUCCAGGACAAGUUCGACUACCUGUUCUACAUCCACUGCAGGGAGGUGAGUCUCGCCACCCCCCGGAGCCUGGGGGAGCUGAUUGCCAGCUGCUGCCCGGACGCUGGCCCCCCAGUGGGCAGGAUCGUGCGUAAGUCCUCCAGGGUCCUGUUCCUCAUGGAUGGCUUCGACGAGCUGCAGGGUGCCUUUGACGAGCACACCGGGGCGCUGUGCACGGACUGGCAGGUGGCCGCGCGCGGGGACGUGCUGCUGGGCAGCCUCAUCCGGAAGAGGCUGCUGCCCCAGGCCUCGCUGCUCAUCACCACACGGCCGGCCGCGCUCGAGAAGCUGCAGCACCUGCUGGAGCGGCCACGCCACGUGGAGGUCCUGGGCUUCUCCGAGGCCCGGCGGAAGGAGUACUUCUUCAAGUACUUCUCGAGCGAGGUGCAGGCCCAAGCGGCCUUCUCGCUGAUCCAGGAGAACGAGGUGCUGUUCGCCAUGUGCUUCAUCCCCCUGGUCUGCUGGAUUGUGUGCACUGGGCUCAAGCAGCGCAUGGACAGCGGCGAGAGCCUGGCCCAGACCUCCAAGACCACCACGGCCGUGUACGUCUCCUUCCUGUCCUGCCUGCUGCAGGCUCGGGGUGCUGGCCAUGAGCACCAGCACUCUGCACCCCUCCGCGGGCUCUGCUCCCUGGCUGCCGAUGGCAUCUGGAACCAGAAGGUCCUGUUCGAAGAGAGCGACCUCAGGAGCCAUGGCCUCUGGGAGGGGGAUGUGUCCGCCUUCCUGAGGAUGAGCCUGUUCCAGAAGGAGGUGGACUGUGAGAAGCUCUACAGCUUCAUCCACAUGACCUUCCAGGAGUUCUUCGCCGCCAUGUACUACGUGCUGGGAGAGGAGGAGGGGGCGGGCCCAGCGGGGAGCUGCAUGGAGCUUCCCAGCCGGGAUGUGGCUGUCCUCCUGGAAAACUAUGGCAGGUUCGAAAAGGGCUACCUGAUUUUUGUGGUCCGUUUCCUCUUCGGCCUCGUCAACCAGGAGAGGGCCUCCUAUUUGGAGAAGAACCUGAGCUGCAAGAUGUCCCAGCAGAUCAGGGCGGAGCUGCUGAGGUGGAUCGAGGCCAAGGCCAGGGCCAAGAAGCUGCAGGCGCAGCCCAGCCAGCUGGAGCUCUUCUACUGCCUCUUUGAGAUGCAGGAGGAGGGCUUUGUGCGCAGGGCCAUGGGCCACUUCCCCAAGAUCGAGGUCAGCCUCACCACCCGCAUGGACCACGUGGUGUCGUCCUUCUGCAUCAGGAACUGUCCCAGCGUGCAGAGCCUUUCCCUGGGCUUUCUGCACAACUCACCUGAGGAGGAGGAGGAGGAGGAGGACGAGGAGGGGGAGGAAGGCACGGGCCCUCCGGCCAACGGAGCUCACAGCUUGGUGAAUUCCGGGCUCACGUCCUCAGGCUGCUCUGCACUGGCCUUGGUGCUCAGGACUACGAAGAGCCUCACACACCUGUACCUGAGGGGCAACGCGCUCGGGGAUACAGGGCUCAAGCUGCUCUGUGUGGGGCUCCUGCACCCUGGCUGCGUGCUUCAGAUGCUGGAGUUGGACAACUGUAGCCUCACCUCACACAGCUGUUGGGACCUCUCCACGGUGCUGACCUCCAGCCGGAGCCUGCGGAAGCUGAGCCUCAGCAACAAUGACCUGGGUGACCUGGGGGUCAUGAUGCUCUGUGAGGUCCUGAGACAGGGGGCCUGUGUCCUUCGGAGCUUGCAGUUGAAUGAAAUGUAUUUCAACUAUGCGACCAAGUGUGCAUUAGAGACACUGCAGGAGGAGCAGCCUGGGCUGGACCUGGUGUUUGAGCCUUCGUGGUAGGGCAGGAGCGGGACGGGCCCCAGCCACCCCGCGUUGUGACAGCUCGGUGGUGCAUCGAGGAGGAUUUGGCUCUGGUUCUGUUGCCACCACAGGGGAGACAUGCGUCUUGGUCCCACCUGGGGGCGAUGGCAGGAAGGGGAGUCGGGGAGACGCUGUCCCAGAGCACCUGCUCAGCGGGGAAUGGGCUCUUCCUUUCCCUCCUUACCCCCGCUCUCUCUCUGGUUUCCCCUUAUUCAGCUGCUUACUCUGUGCCCCUUGUGUCCCUGUGUCCCUUAACUGUCGCACAGAACCCUGGACUCCAUGCUGUGCUGCAGUUUUGUGGCAGCUACUUAUUUAUUUUUUAUAACAAUUAUGUUUUCUAAUAAAAACAAUUCGUACUUAUUUUAGCUCAUUGAAAAUUCAGAAAUAUAUAAA